UGCAGAAUAGGGCAGCAGGGGCAGUGUGAAGGGGGGCUAAUCCUGUGAGCUGCGCGCUGGAAUUCCCUUGGAUUCAAUGGGUUACAUUGCCCCCAGCAUGCUCGCCAGCUUCCAGAAACAGGUAUUCAGGAAUUCUGGGCCGGCAAGGGCUAUAUGCCAGAGUGGCCUUUCCGGUGACUCACCUGCUGAUAUUCCUGAUAGACGGCACGGCAUGAGAAGGGGCAUGGCAGUGGGAACACUUAGAGGUUGCUGGACAGGGAUGGAGCAGAUGCACAUCAUAAUAUGCGGCCACAGCAUGGUCUUCCGGGCACCCUGGAGGGCAGCGAAUUCGAGCAUGGGCUCGCAGUUGGGCCUCAGUAGAGGGGCUGUUGUGCAGUGGCUGGACCGGCAAGGAAUGCAUGGGGAGUGGCUCCUACCCGCUCUGUUCCAGCAAGGUGUGGUGCAGAUAUUUCUGCAGGCAAUGGUCAUCCACCUCGGUGGUAAUGACCGCGGUGUGAAUUUUUAUGCAGAGCUGAACUGUAAGCUGUUUCAGGAGCUGUUGAGGGCUGAGUAUUUGUGGGUUAUAAGAGUCAGCUUCAAAUUAUUGGCUGACAUCCAGCCCAUCAUUGUCUCCAAGCAGCAGUCUAGCCCUUCAACUGCCUCUCCUGGUUCAGAUGGAACAAAGAGCCAGAGCUGGAUGUCAUCUGUGAAGUUGCAACAGUAA